UCUUUUUUUUAGCUUUUACUUAUUGUUUUUAACUUUUUUUUUAUUUUUCCCUUCUGACCUAUUUUAUUCUUUUCUAAAUAAAUCCCCAUCUGCCUCUCUAAACUUUUUGCAUAAUAUUCAUUCAAAAAUUAGCUUAUUAUUUUAAUAAUCAUUUUUAAUUAACUUAAAAAAUAAAUUUUCUAGUUUAAAAUUCCAAUUAUAAUUAACCCAAAAUGUUCUUUCAAAAUAAAUUAACAACACUCAUUAUUUUUAAAAUUCUUGCUUUUUCCUCCAUUGGUGAUUUUUAUUCUUCCCCAACACAAUUUUGUGAUCAAACAAGUGAAUGUUUGCUCAAAAUACGUCGAAUGGUACAAGACACAAAUCGCUUUUGGUUUGGAGACCAAUGGCGAUAUUAUUGUGGACAAAAUCAAAUAAAAGAGAGGCAAAGACAUAUGAAGAAUACUCUAGAUUGUUUAAAUCCAACAGAAUUGGCACCAUUCACUAGCCUCGGAAACCGUCUUUUUCGAGUUCAUACAUUCACCCUUGAUUACUUAGCCAAUCUACGAAUUUUUCCACAAAUGCAUUUUCGACCACGUUCAGGUCAUUAUCGUGCAUGUUCACACAAUUUUGAAGUUAACAUCACUGAGGAUGAUCGUAUUUUUGGACUUCCAGGUCAUCCCCUCUCACGGCCAAUUCCCUCAUUUCAAGCUCAAUUACCUCCAAAUCUUAAUUGGCCUGAAUUACAUGCAAAUCAAUCAUUGGUUAUUUUAAUGUUAGACCCAGGUUGGGGUCGUUUACUUUAUUUGGCUAUUGACUUUCCUAUAAAUACGAAGGUGAUUUAUAAAUACAUCUCUGGUAAAAAAUAUUUUACAAUAAUCCUCAUAAAUUUAAUUUCACUUAUUCCGUGA